AAUUUAUUGAAAAAAUACAAAGAGCGUGCACUAUGGAGAAGACGUCGACGAUACAAUUUCUUUUCAAUCUCUGCAUCAUAUUUGGGAUUGUAGUAAUAAGAAGAUGCAAUGCAACAACAUACUUUGUGGGAGACAGCUCCGGUUGGGACAUAAGCUCCGAUCUUGAUACUUGGACUUCAGGCAAGCGUUUCUCUCCUGGUGAUGUUCUAAUGUUCCAAUACUCAUCGACGCAUAGUGUAUACGAAGUGGCUAAAGACAACUACCAAAACUGCAACACAACAGAUGCAAUCCGUACGUUCACAAACGGGAACACGACAGUUGCUCUUUCCAAACCGGGAGACCGGUUCUUUGUAUGUGGCAGUAGGCUCCAUUGUUUUGCUGGUAUGAGGUUACGGGUCCAUGUUGAAGGCAAUGGCCCAUCUCAGGCCCCCGUGGGAUCUCCCCAAGCCGCCACUGCAGGGAUUCUUCAACCAUCUUCUAAAAAGAAUAACCCUGCGACCGGGGUCGCUAGCUCGGCCGCCCGUUUUGUUGGCGACAGCGGUUGGAGGGAUUUUUUUUGGAGAACUAUCGGUUUAAAGUUUAGGUUGGGUUUGGGAUCAAGUGGGCAAACCAAUAUGGAUCCUUCUCCGAUCGCUCAGGGAAACGACGGUGACGCUCCGUCACCGGGGAAUCAGUUUGCUCAAUUCGGCGCUGGAUGCUUCUGGGGUGUUGAGCUGGCGUUUCAGAGAGUCCCAGGUGUGACUCAGACCGAGGUUGGAUAUACACAAGGGAUCGUAGACAAUCCUUCAUACGAAGAUGUUUGUUCUGGUACCACGAGCCAUGCGGAGGUUGUUAGGGUUCAAUAUGAUCUCAACGAUUGCAGCUAUGAAUCUCUGCUUGAUUUGUUCUGGUCUAGGCAUGAUCCCACCACUUUGAAUCGCCAGGGAAAUGACGUGGGGACCCAAUACCGAUCCGGAAUAUACUUUUACACACCCGAGCAGGAGAAACUAGCCCGUGAGUCACUUGAACGUCACCAGCAACAAAUGGAAAGGAAGAUCAUGACUGAGAUCUUGCCAGCUAAGAAAUUCUACAGAGCUGAAGAGCAUCAUCAACAGUACCUGUCAAAGGGUGGGCGGUUCGGCCAGGGGCAAUCCACUGCCAAAGGCUGCAACGACCCAAUCCGCUGCUACGGCUAAAAAGCUCCUUUCCUCUUCUCCCAAAACAGAGGAUUUAGCACCUAAGGACUUGUGUGCAAUAUAUUGUGUAAAACUACCGAAGUUGAUCACACGCUAUGUAACUACUACUUUGGAAUUUUAUUUGCAAUGUUGUAAUAUUGAUGUUAUACUCUAUAAACCUAAACCAAAUAAUCAUUGCGAUCCUGAAUAGAUCUGUGAAACUCGU